CCGGAGUCAGACGCAUUCUGCUACCUUCUUCCCCCACCGUCAGAUUUCACCAUGUCGGUCGGCGUCUGCCUACCUCUCUGCCGCACCAGCUUCUCUUGUUGCUGCCUUGGUGCUGUCAGCGGCCCUCCUGUCUGCAGCGACAAGAACAAUGACGAUCAAAUGCGGUGUGGCGGUGUAUGUGUCGGCUCUCCUGGCCGCCUGCUAUGUGCCCAUGGCGGCGGGGAAGGGGGGCGUCUGUUCCAUCCGAGAUGACCCCCUCCCCGAGUGCACAAGCGGCUUCGUGCAUCACACCGACGCCGGCAAGUGCGUCAAGCCGUUCCGCCACCAGCCGCACUACUACUGCGCUGAGCAGGUAGGCACACACACCCACACACACAUGACAAGACGUCGUGACUCAUUUGUGUGUCUGUCGGUGUGUGUCUUAGGGUUAUGUGGUGGAGGGCAAUCAGUGUGUUCUGUAUCAGUACGCCGACGGCACCUCUUUCUGCAGGGACCCCCACACGACUCUGUCGGGCACCAUGCACCACAGAGGAGACCUGCCCUCCCGACUACAGGUGCCGCUUCGGCUACCAGCUGACAGCCGACGUGCCCACCGACACGUGUGCAUCAUCACCCAAACGCACCCGGCUGACUUCAGCUGCCCCUUUGGCUGCGAUCCGAGCGGCGACAAGUGCGUCGCCAAGCACUUCGCAGAGAGACGGUAAGCAACACGGAGCAACACGGAGCAACACAGCACAGCACAGCGCUACCUCAUUCACCGUCCUCAUGUGUGUGUGUGUGUGUGUUGACCGAUCAGUCAUUCUUGUCCGGAUGGCUUUGAGUUCAAGCGCGGCAUUGAGCUGCCGCCGGUGUUGGGUGUCGGCCCACACGAGGAGACCUGCAUCAGGGGCGACCACGGUCCCGUCCAGCACCGCUGCGCCAGGGGCAGGCCGCACUGGAUCGACAACAAGCCCGUCUGCUGCAUCACUUGCGGCAGUGGCCACUGGGGCGGCCAGCUGUGCCGGCAGUAGACACACAGACAUGCGUGUCGCUGUUCUGUCGCUGAACGUCUGAGGGUGUGUGUGAGUGACUGUCCUGGUGGGGGGCGGGGAGAGGCGGUUCAUGUCAACAGGUGUGCAGAGUGAGCUUUCCAUAGCGGUCUGCGCUGAUGCGCUCUGUCGGCGGCUGUCCAGUGGGUCUCCGCAGUGCGCGUUAGCCUGGUCUCGGUCACUCAAUAGUGUUGCUGUGACACACGUGUGUGUCUGUGUUGUGAGUCGGUCUGUCUGUCUUUGUAGGACGUGGUGUGUGAGCACAUGUGCGUGGGCAGACAGGCAGGCAGGCAGGCAGGCCGGCCGGGGAACGGACGAAUGGACCCGUGUGCAGCCAAAGAGAGGUGCAUUUAUCCAUCCCGUCCAUGCUUUGUCAACACACUGAUGGUAUGGAUGGAUGUGUCACAGUGUCAUAGUUGGGCGGAGGGGAGGGAGGACAUUGAUUUGAGUGCGACAAGAGCAUCAACCAAUAUGCGCAG